UCUAUCUCAUAUACGUCUAUGGCGUGAUAAGAGACAAGCGUUUGGCGUGUUAAUUUGGCUGUGACCACGCAUCCGUUCGCUGUUGGUAAGCUGCUCCUCCGGCUCCUCGCGGACCAUUUCUCUCGAAAGAAGCUCCAGUGACAGAAAGCCGUUCGGAAAUCCGUCACGAUGUCGGUCACUGCCAAACGAGAGGAGUUCCGCAAGUAUUUGGAGAGGUCUGGCGUCAUGGAUGCCCUCACAAAGAUACUCGUCUCACUCUACGAGGAGGUUGAAAAGCCAACUGAUGCUUUAGACUAUAUACGUAAGAAUCUCGGCGGUAUCGCGGAUAAUACUUCGGAUAUCGACAACUUAAAGAAAGAAUUGGAGGAGUCCAAAGCCAAAAUUGCUGAAUUAAAAUCAAAAUUAGUAAAGUAUGAACAGGAUGAAGUGACGGCCGAGUAACCGUGGCGGAAAACAUAUCUUCGACCAGAGUUCAUGCUAGUCUUCUUGUUUUCUUUUUGGACACUGACUUUUCUAAAGUCAGUCUGACUAUGUGCCUUAUUACUAUAAUAAAUGACGUUUAAGAAUGUUAGACUAUAAGAUAAAUUACUAAACUUCUGUGUAAUACAUUCCAUUAUAUGUUCAUUCAUUCAUGUAUCUUUAUUUAAGAAAAAUGGCAAUUUAGCUGUUAGUUUUCAUAUGGAUUUCUUUUCUAAGAACAAAUUUGUGAUGUAAAGUAUUUGACAUGCGUACUUAAUGUCACGCGUCGUUUGUACAGAGUAGAUCUCAGGACACAAAUAAAAUAUUUCUUUUACGUUUAUUAUAA